AUGAGGAUUCAAGCUGAGGAGAAUUUGGUAAACAUAAAUCUUGAUAUUUCUUAUAGUUCCACUCCCAUUGCAUCAACAAGAAGGAACUCCAAUGCAUCUACAAGAAGGAAUUCAAUGGAUGUUCCUUACGAUUUCAAUGAAACUGUUGUUGAGUCCACUCCCUCGGAUAUGAUGCCAAGAACAAACCCUUAUGAUCCUCCAUACGACUCAAGUGGACCCACUUUUCAAUCAGAUGCUUUAUCCUUCCAACCAAACCAUGAGGGAGGGGGAUCCAGGCAAAACGAGGGUUAUUAUACUUUUGGGGCAAGUGAGAAUGUUAGUCAAAGAAGCCGAUCUUCUGAUGAUGACGACAUGGUGAAGGUCCAUCAUGUUACAAGAGAUGGCAGAGUUUAUGAGUUUAAAGCAAGUAUUAAUGGGGAUGAGACACGAAAAGAAAAAAGUAAAUUUGAAUCAGAUUCUUUAUCCUUCCAACCAAACAACCAAUCCAGCCAUCGCCAUGAGAGUUGUGAUGUGGGUUCUUCAACUUUAGGGGGGUACGUACACAAUGAUGAGGUUAAAACAAGCGAUGUGGGUGAGAAAGGUUAUCAAGGGAAAAGUAGCAGUGAAUCAAGUUCGUCAUCAUCAUCAUUUUCUGAUGUAAGUGAUCACUUAGAUGACGAGGAAGAAGAAUACGAUUAUAGAUCCGCAGUCAUGCCAUCAACACCAGAGAGACAGAUCCAGGAGCAACAGAAGAAGAAUAUCCAACAAAGCCCUAAAUUGGAGCAUGGGGACGGGAAGUUGUCCCAAAGGCCGCCUAAGGGUCUAACCUCAUGGUUUGGAUGGAAGCCAUGA